UAAACUCUUUCACCUACAGCCUACGCAGGAGAAGUGACUAGGAGGAAGAAUGGAUGCUCUGCUGUGAUGCAAAGAGAAAUUCCACCAACUUUCACAUACUGUCAUGUGUCACUGCCCUGUCAAGCUCUCUGUCAGUGUUUGCUGCUCAGGGCUCCGGAGACUUCGUGGCUAGUUAUUGGCACUGCCCUGCCAGCUGGGGGAGAUGAGUGACUGCGAGUUUGGAUAUGUGCACACACUGGCUGAGGACUACCUGCGGUGCAUCCUGAAGAUACCUCAGCCUGGACUGGGACCAGGCAAGACAUCCAAGGUGCUGCAGAAUGUCGCCUUCUCAGUCCAGAAAGAAGUGGAGAAGACUCUGCAGCCGUACCUGGACAGUGUUGAUGUUGUGUCUGUAGAGGCUGCAAGGACAAUCUUUGACAAAGUGAUGGAAAAAGAGUUUGAGGAUGGCAUUAUCAACUGGGGCAGGAUUGUGACCAUAUUCGCUUUCGAAGGGGUCCUUGUCAAGAAGCUUCUACAAAAGCAGAUGAUUCUGGAUGUGGACACUUACAAGCCCAUCCCUUAUUUUGUGGCUGAGUUCAUAACGAAGAACACAGGAGAGUGGAUAAAGCAGAAUGGAGGCUGGGAAAAUGGAUUUGCCAAGAAAUUUGAACAACCUAAAUCUGGUUGGCUGAUUCUUCUGGAAAUUACAAGACAAAUCGGCUCGAUGGUGUUGCUCUUGAGGAAGUACUGCUGAUCUGGGGGACACCCUGUACUGGGACGUCUGCCUGAGCUCUCUGACCCUUGUGAGAGCUCUCGCUGGCAUGAAGGCUUCCACUUCUAAACAAACAAUUUUAGUGAAGCAACUUCAGUUGCUCUCAUUAAUGGGACAUUUAUGCCCGGUGCAAUACAUACAUACAUAAUUGUAUUUAUGCAUAAGUUGUUUCUUAGCUUUCUCGAUCUGUCCAAAAAUUGUGCAAAAAAGCCUAAAGCUUGAUACAGGAAGUAAGUAUCAAACUACAGGCUGCUAACCAGGAAGGCAGCAUCUCCAGGGUAUGGCUACGACCCCACAGUCAUUCAGUGUGUCACUGGGCCUAAGACUGCAUAGCGGGGAAGGGCUACUGAAAUGCACUCUGUGGGGAGCAGCAGGUCACAGCUCAAGGAGCUGGUUGUCUGCUGUACCCACAGGAGAUCCCAUAUUGAAUACCUGACUUCUGGCUUUGUUCUGGCCGAACCUUGGCUGAUGGGGCCAUCUGGGGAAUGAACCAGUUCAUGGGAGCUGUCUCUGUGUCUAUCUCACAGUCCUUCAAAGAAAAUGAGAACAAAUAAAAUUUUUUUAAAAAAAAAA